AUGAUGGCUCCGGAACCGCUGUGGUCAGCGAGGAAUAAUAUGGGCAUGGAGGACACGUCGCUCGCGGUGCCCUCCGACAACAAGCUGCGCUCGGGACAACAGCGCGUGCUGGAUCAAGUGCACACCAUCAAGAGGAGCAAGUCCAAACAUGGAAAGAGCGGCUCAGUGUCGCCCUCACCUACAAGCUCGUCUCCGCAAACUUUGACAACAUAUGAGUUUGGAUCGUUCAAGUUUUCUCCAGCCAAAGCAAAUGGCACCUACAGCCGCACCAACUCCGCUUUGUCAACAGGCUUCAACAAAGCGGUAAAUUCUCAGAAGAGUCGCACUCUAUCCGCUAAAACCACCUCACAAGGAAGACAGUUCUCCAGCUCGGGUACAUGGGAACAGCAAUUCAACGCUGGCAACUGGCCCCAGACUCCCAACGGGCUGAAGUCCUCUCGCAGUGACCCUGCCUUGGCUCGUUCACUUGUUGUUGUUCCUGCACCCGUUAUGAGAGCCAAAGGGCAGGUGGUCCAGAACAACACCAUGCAGAGUCGAGGAAAUAGACAGAGCACCUAUUCUAUGACCAACAACCCUCAGAUGACCACCAGCCAGACGCGCAUCGUCCAUCCCCCCUCUGCCCAUUCUUACUCUGAGGGCAAGAUGGGGACCAUCAAACGAUCCAACAUAGAGCAGAUAUCAGCGAUGAACAGCACGGUGAACAUGUCAGACAUGACCCUUAAGCAGGCUGUGGAGUUCUUGUCUCACCCUGAAGAGAAUUACCAGCAGUGUGGAGCCACCUUCAUCCACCACACCACCUACAAAGAGGAGCGCACCAAACAGGAGGUUUCCCAACUAGGAGGUAUCCCCGCUCUUGUGACCCUGCUGCGGAGCCCCAACACUGGGGUGAGCCAGGCUGCUGCUGGGGCUCUGAGGAACCUGGUAUUCAAAGACCAGGACAACAAGCUGGAGGUUCAGCACUGUGGCGGUAUAGCUAAGGCCCUGCAGCUACUAAAGGAGACCGAUUCUACUGAGACCCAGAAACAAAUAACUGGCCUGUUAUGGAACCUGUCCUCCGCCGAUGAGCUGAAGGGAGAACUUAUAGCCACAGCGCUGCCCGCCCUGACCGAGAAUGUGGUGGUACCAUUCACCUGCUGGUCAGACAAAAGCGCCAACAACAACAUACACCCUGAUGUCUUCAACAGCGCGACAGGGUGCCUGCGGAACCUGAGCUGCGGCAAAAAGAAGGACAGGCAAGCAAUGAGAGAGUGCAAUGGCCUCAUUGACUCCCUCAUGAGUUACGUCCAGUCCUGUGUGGUGGAGGAAAACCCUGAUGACAAGUCCGUGGAGAACUGUGCAUGCAUCCUCCAUAACUUGACCUACCAACUGGAGGAAGAGUCCCCUGAGUGCUUCAGCAAGUUCGGUCCUCGCCAAGGCCAAUCUGAGGAUCGCAAAAGCCCAACGAUUGGAUGCUUCAGCCCGAGGAGCAGCAAGGCUCAAAAAGAUUUUUCAUUUGACGCGGUUCGGGGAAUGCCAGAGGUCAGCGCUCCGUCAGGUGUGAAUUGGUUGUGCCAUCCCAAAGCCAUGCAGACCUACAUGUCUCUGAUGGGCUCGUCCCAGAAAGAUGCCACCCUGGAAGCCUGCUGUGGUGCCCUGCAGAACCUCACUGCCAUCAAGGGACCGGGAUCCAGUGCCAUGAGUCAGUUGAUGGUUCAAAAGAUGGGGGGUCUGCAGCACAUGUCCCGUCUUCUAAAGUCUCCUAACCCCAGCCUGCAGAAGACUGCCAUGUCCCUGCUGGGUAACAUGUCUCGGACCAGCAGUUUGCAGACCUCCAUGGCAAAGCAGAUUCUGCCUGAGCUCACAGGCCUCCUCUCCUCUACCCCCCGAGAGAUGGGAAAUUCUGACGAUACUAUCGCGACAGUUUGCAGCACAGCACGGAAUCUGAUAUUGGCGGACCCUGAGGUCGGCAAGAAACUCCUCGAUAGUAAGCUGGUGUAUGCAGUGGCUGAACUAAGCAAGAACAAUUCUUUCCCCAAAAGCAGCAAAGCAGCUUCCCUGAUGCUCUACAGCUUAUGGAACGACAAGAAUUUGCAAGGUGUUUUGAAAAAGAUGGGGUUGGGCAAAUCACUUUUUGUCAAUGACUUCACCACAGCAGUGCACAAGUCAGCGCAAGUUUUCGAUUGAGUGUGACAGACGAGCGGACAGAACCACAGAGCAGGAGAGGUUUGAUUUGCUUCUGAGUGCUCGUAUCUGCAUGUAUUCAGAUUUUAAGGCUCAGUCUGGCCAAAAUGAGCAAAGUUUGUGUCAUGAGGAUUAAAACUUUUUCUUUGUGCUUCUCUUUGUGUGUGUGUGUGUGUGUGUGUGUGUGUGUGUGUGUGUGUGUGUGUGUGUGUGUGUGUGUGUGUGUGUGUGUGUGCGCACGCAAAACUAGCAUGUUUAGACACUGCUGUAUCCACACCCUUGCAACGAGUAACAUUACAUUUUUCACAUAAUAACCUUGUUGAAAGAGCCUUUCGUUAAGAGUCAAUCAUACUUUGUACAUGCGUUAGUAAAAAGAGAGCUUUUAAUUUCAUAAGUAAUCCCACGGUGUUUUAUGUAUUUCAUUUGGAUAUGUUUCUGUCUGUGUAUAUAAAGGGUGAGUGUGUUUUUGGUAGGUGAAGUUUUGUCAUGUUGUGCAGAAACCCUGUUCUUCUGGCCUGAGAGCUGCAAUACACCAGACAAUAGUAUCUGCAGUGAAAGUUACUUGAGGUUACUUUACAAAUGUGUCGGCAGUGGCUAAAAGAUAACAUUUAUAUUGUGGCCUUGAAGACUGAAUAGCCAAAAAUUUAAGUAAUAAGAAAAAUAUAUGAAAAAAGAAACAUACUUUGUUGUUUGCGAUACUGUCGCUACCUGAUGAAAUAUUUUUGUAUUAAUUACUUUUUUCUAUUUUCUGUUUCAUUCUGUGAUUCUUAAAUGUGUGUGUGUGUGUGUGUGUGUGUGUUUUUAAUGAACUGAAACGGCUUUCAACGAAACUGCCUAAAUAGUUAAAGGAAUAAUCCAAUAUUUUGGGAAAUGUGCUUGUUUGCCUUCUCGCCAAAAGAUUGACAAGAUUGACGAGAUUGAGAGCACUCUCAAGUUUGUACAUUGAAUAUGAAGCAGCAGCCAGUUAGCUUAGCUUGGCACACAGACUGUGAACAGGCAGAAACAGCUAGCCUGCCUCUGACCAAGCGUCAUAAGAUCCACCUACCAACCAAAGUUGAAUGAUUUACAUUACAUGUCAUAUCUUGUAUGUUUAAUCACCACAAAAGAUGUAGGGUUUAUGAGCCUCGUAAAAUCCACGUGUCAUUUUUACACUUUGUCUUUUGUGCGGCUUAUACCAACCAGAUAUAAGGUGUUAGUGGAAACAUGUUACAUUUGGACAGAGUUUUCAGCCUUUGUGCUAAAUUAAGCUAUGACUGUAGGCAGUAACUUCCUAUUUAUCGUACAGAUAUGAGAGCGGUAUCAAUGUUUGAUCUAACUCUCAACGAGAGAGUGAAUAAACCCAAAAUAUCACACUAUUCCUUUACACUGCAGGACUAAUACUUGCUUUGUUUACUAUGUUAACUCUGUAUGGGAAAUUGGAACAAAAAUAAAUAGUCAUCCCCCUAAAAAUACUUUUUAAGUCUCAUUUGAAAUGUACCAACAGUUGACACAGUAAAGGUUAGCUGCUGGCUGUACAGAGUAUUACGUGAUGAGGAGAUAAUGAAGGUGCUGCGCCCUCGAACAUGGGUCUAGUGAAUUACGAUCUGUGUACACCACCUCAGCCGAGAGGAGCUGCACAUCCAACUAUACUGUAUAUUGGCUGUAUACUGUAACAAACAUUGUUCUUCAUGUUUGCUACUUUACCUAAACAGUUUUAAGGGCUCAUUACAGGAUAUCUGCUCUCAUAAUCCCACUGCAGUCUUAUUGACUGAAAACCGGUUUUAAAUCCUCUUACAACUCAAAUGCUUUUUUAAGACCCAGCAUUACAAAUAACCAAGAGAUGAGAUGGUUGGCAUCUGUGGGGAUGUCCCCAUGACACUGUAGUGGACCGUUUUCUACGCUUGAGAUACAGCAUAUAGUCCUGCUGAGGUUCAUUUGCCUCUGGGAAGAUUAACGCAUAGUAUUGCUUAGAAUGUAUUAAUGGAGAAAUGUUUGUGUGGCAUAUAAUUAAAAGCUUUUCCUGCCUGUACAUAGAAUAAACAACAGAUAUAAAGAAAA